CCAACAAAGCGAGGGCCAUCGACAAGAGGCUACUACCAUACAUGUACUCGAACCCCCCACCGGGGUCAUCAAGCGCUAGCACUGUUUUGAAAAGCUCCUCGCGGACUCGCCGAUUUAAUGUGUAUAAUAUACAUGUAUAGCUGCGUCCAUUUCCUAUACAAUACAGAUGAAUUAGACGUGAAAUUCGUGUUGUUAAUCACCAUUCACCUUGUAUAUGCAUUCUACUUUGACUGCAUGGUGGUGUGUUACCGUUACCAAGAGCAAUCAUGAAAUUUGAUGACAUUCUGGUGACCGUAGGGGAGUUUGGUCGUUAUCAGAGGUUCAUCUAUGUCAUCUUCUUUCUCUUGUCCGUUCCCACUGCCUUCCAUGCCAUAUCUAUCGUGUUUCUUGGCGGAUCGGCCGAUCAUUGGUGUAUGGUUCCUCAAUGGAAAAAUGAAAACUGUAGCGAAUGGAACGUGGGUAUAGAUGAGUGUGAUGAGUUGAAACGCUACGCCAGUAUACCUCAGACCAACGCGUCUGAAGUCAACCAGUGUUCUAUGUACAAUGUCUCCACCUUACCUUUCGUUCCACUGCCUGAUGGGAACUCGACCACGGCAUCACCAUUGAUCGACUACCACUCCUUGGAUGUCGUACCAUGCCCAGCAGGCUGGGAGCAUGACACCUCCCAGUACACGUCAACCAUUAAUAUGGAUUUUGGUUUAGUAUGUGAUAACAAAGAUCUUGCGGAUAUUUCCUCGUCACUGUGGUUCGUUGGAGUGCUGACAGGAAGCUUGGUGUUCGGAUACAUCGCAGACAGGAUCGGUCGAUUAGCCACGAUGUGGGUAUGCAUUACUGGCCAGCUUGUUUUCGGUGUAGCUGUGGCAUUCGCCCCCUCUUUCUGGUGGUUCGCCUUCCUUCGGACUCUCCUUGCUAUGAAUAACAUGGGAGUCUUCCUUGUUGCCUUUGUUCUCGGUACGGAGUUUGUAGGUCCAUCUAAACGUGUGGUUGCAGGAACUGGAAUAAUGAUAGGUUUCUCAAUCGGAUAUAUGGGACUAUCAGUUAUUGCUUAUCUGAUUCGAGAUUGGAGGCAUCUACAGCUUGCUCUGUCUGUACCUGUGGUCCUGUUCUACGUGUUUAUACCGUUUGUUCCCGAGUCUGCCCGUUGGUUGUUGAGUGUUGGAAAAGUAGAGAAGGCAAAUGUCGUCAUUGACAAAAUCUCCAAGACCAACAAUGUCCCCUUACCUCAGCCAGUCUUCACGCAAAGGGAUAAAUUGCAAAUGCAAAAGGAAAGAGGUGAGAAUCGAGCGACGCUCUUCGAUCUAUUCCGGAAUCGUAAUCUGAGAAUGGAAUCAUUCAAUCUUCUCUUUAACUGGUUUGUUGAGAGUUUAGUGUACUAUGGUCUUGCCCUGAGUUCAUCAGACUUUGGAGUCAAUGUUUACAUCGCAGCCUUUGUGUCUGGUGCUAUAGAGGUACCAGCUUAUGUUAGUAGUAUGUUCGCUCUCGAGCACUUUGGACGUCGCCCAUCAACCUGCUUCUAUCUCCUCUUAGCAGGUGUCGCCUGUAUUCUUACUAUCGUCAUUCCGGCCGGUAUAGGAAGGGUCGUCAUGGCAACCAUUGGCAAGUUUGGAGUGACUGCUUCUUUCAGUAUCAUCUACAUCUAUACAGCUGAACUCUAUCCAACACCACUCAGGAGUGUAGGUAUUGGUAUGUGUUCGAUGUCAUCUCGUAUAGGGGGUAUUAUUGCCCCCCUCAUACGCAUCUCUGGUCGUUCAUGGAGACCCCUUCCUUUCAUCAUCUAUGGUGCAGCGAGUAUCGCAGCAGGUCUUCUUGCUCUUCUGCUGCCUGAGACAAAGGGACGUAAGCUACCAGAGACCGUAGAAGAAGGAGAAAACUUCAGGAAUGCCACAUCUGAUAAGAAGUACAUUCCAGUCGAUGAAGAUGAUAAAGAUGCUGUCCCCAUGACAACGGUCAACAAUGCUCCGGAUCAUUUGGUCGUAUAGGGAAAGUGAUAGAUAGACUAUGUUAUGGUUUCAACAUACGGUGAAGGAAUCAUGUAACCGGGUGAUUAAUCUGUAUCGUUAAAAAGGCUCUUUAAAAAGACAAAAAGACAGAAUAAUUUUUCACUGUGUGUAUAAAACUUUGAUUAUCAUUGGUUACUGAUAAAAACAGUAUUUUGUAUACCAUACUGAAAAGGAGGCAAUGUAUAAAGGGACCAACUUUUUUCACAAAAGAUCAUUUACAUGUAUACGUCCCGCUUUAGUUCUGCAUCAAUGUACACACCCAAUUAUUUCAAGAAUUUUACUUGAUUGAUUACAUGACCAUUGAUACUUAUAUCAAGUCUGUUUUAUUUUAUGAGCUUGUGUCUGUGUCUAAUGAGCAGGCUCAUGGUUAUGUCAUAAUGAACCUUCAGUCUAUUCUCGCUAAUCCAUCUGUCCAGGUUGACCGAUUCUCUGUUCAGAGUUAAUGGAACUGUAUGUGUGUUUUUAUGAGUAACGUUACGAUGUAAAUGCAGGACUUGGCAACACUAACCCUCACCCUAAUGUAUUCAGAAUUUCAGAUGUAUAUCUCAUAAGAAACCAUGCAUAUACCUUCAACAGGUUUCUCCCAGCGCCUUUGUAAGCUUCAGUAGGCUUCUCGUAAUAAGCCUAUUACCCUUUUGUUGUAA